AUGUCGUUCGUGCAUGCGCUGCGAACAUUUGUGACGGAAUCGCUUCAGGAUGCCGAUGGCCCAAUGUUGGCCCACUUGUGCGAUACAUUUCAAUUGGACUCGGCAAUAUUUCCGACCAAGACGGACGUGUUGCGGAGUGUUGUCGACUUGGUUGUCAAAGACCGCGACACAGCACUUGGGCGAUUUGUGGCGUGGAAGCAAGAGCUGGACGCGGGGGGGUCGCCCUCCACGGACGCUGUUGUCCUGGCAAAGAACGCCAACUUGACCAACGCGUUUCUACCUAUUGAUACAACGUCGCCGCGGAGACCGAAUCAUGCCACCGCCGCCGCGGCGCCUCCCCCGGGAUCAAAGCGCAUUUUUGAUUUCGUUUUGGAUCGAGAGAUGGCUGCGCUGGGUGACGAGCUCAUGCGGCUCGAGGCUGCGUACAAGGAGGCGGAGCGAGGGCUGCAUCAUGGUAGCAUCAGCUACGAUAAAAUCAAGCGGUUUUUGCAAACCCUGACGCAGUUGCGGGCCAACGACGACCAGUUUCGAAUCCUCCUUCUGGAGAAGAAUCAAAACUUGCGCGCGGACAACGCCCGCCUGUUCAAGCUCGAGGCCCAUACUCGCGAACAGCUCGAACUUUUUGUCGACGGGUGUGCUCGGCUCCGGGGCAAGCACGACGCGAUGGUCGAAAACUUUAGCCGCGUGGGCGCGGCAGACGCAGCGGCGCACGAGCUCAUCAUGCAGCUGUAUGGUGGCGAGUGCGCAUUCACCCAGGUCGUUUCGAAUGAUUCGAAUAUCGCCACGAGCUCGCUCCAUCUCAUGCUUCAACAGGCGCUGACAACCACAUUACAAUUCAAGUGCCAGCGACUAGCAGACACAGAAGCCGCGCUGCGCAACGCCCAUGCGACAAUCAAUACACUCGAAACAAAACUCGAGCAUCAGCAAACAACCAUCGACGAGAUGCAUCGGAAGUGGGACGCUGCUGCGAAGGACGCGCUGUGUGCCAAAAUUCAGCUGCGCCGGUGCCGGAAGCGAAUGCGCGAUACCGACAGCCUCGCCUUCGACGCACGAAUUUUACGUGGACGCGCGAUGGACUUUCAACACAUGGUGUGCGACUUGAUGGGCAUGGGGCAUGUGCAAGCGGCAGCAUUCCAAGAUGCCAAAGGAGCUUUCGUCAAGAGCGCGGAUCGAACCUCGAUUGCGUGGCGUGCUUUGCGGUAUUUGACGGCAGUUGCGUCGCCCACAGUCGACGGUCCCUCGUCGCUCCAGCACACGCCGUCAAAGGGCCCACACAGCAUUGAGUUUUCAACUCGCGAUGACAGACCGUUUCCAGCCAUUGUAAUGCCGCCCAAACGAAAGCGGGACGUGCGCAUGGACCUGCCGGUGGUUGUUUUUCUUGGGGGCGGGGCUUACAUCUCGUCUGUGGUCCAUCGGCUCUGUGUGCAGUUUGGGUAUUCGUCCCUGGACGUGGAAGCGUGGCGAGGCGAUACAGCCGGUACCCCCGAAGUCAGCCACAACGGUGCGGACCCUGGCAGCGACACUGAAAUGGGGGAAAUCCCGAUGGCCCACGAGCGCCUUGCCUGGGCAAUUCAAGCGUCUGGAAGUGUGCUCGUGUACAACUGGCCCCGCAUCCAACCAGGCGACGUCACCCGGCUCAUUCAACACGGCGCGAACGUGAAAAUGGUGCUGGAUUUGGGCGGCGCCGACUCGACCACCACUGCUGCCUUGGCAACUUCGUGUGCCUUGUACCGCAGGCUUCCGAUGAACACAUCACCGCUCCAUGUCGACCAAAUCGUGCACGACACAGCACUUGUGUGGCAUGCGUACCAGGAUACGAUGUACUCUUGCAUUGGCAUCAAGUGGGAUGCAGCCACCAUCGUGAUGAACGAACGGUGUGCCAUGAUGCGGGAAGAGCUCUCGCAGCGCAUGGUCGUAGAGUGGGGCAAGCACUUGGCGAUUUUGGCCGAGAAGAAGGCUGCAGCGGACGCCAAGGCAAAGCUCCAAACCUCGACCAAGGCCAACAGCACAAAGCGGCCACCAUCUAACAACAGAACGUCGACGCCGAACCAGAAAACCAAGCCCGGCACACCUUCUCGUGGAGCUGCCGCAAGUGGCCGAGCAACAUCUGGCAAGUCCAAACCACAACCAAACAGCGCGAGCCCCGGAAAAUCCUCCACCCAACCAUCGACGAAAAGCUCCCCUGUGAAGAGGUCACCAGCGACACCUGCCAAGAAGAAAUGA